AUGGCGCCGACAAGAGGUCAAAUCCAGACGCCUGGAGAAGCUGGUAAGCAGUUGUUGCUCUCUUCAAUUCUUUGGGUUCCACGGCUUUCGUCUGCUGCUACUGCUGCUGCUGUUGCUGCUGUUACCCCUGGUCUUGCACUCUGCAGCGUCCGUCAUCCUUCAGCGCUUGCGAGAAUCGCAUACCUCUCCAGCGACGUCGUCGUCUCCGUCCAGCCUUCGCUGGCCAAGGACUCGGAGUUCUCAUCCCACCUUAAGCGCUACGUCGCUCGCAACGACAAGAGCCUCGUCGCGAAGUCUUCAGUCACAGAGGUCCAACACGUAAGGCACAAUGCCGACCCCCUCCUCUCCGUCUUUGCGCCCACUCGCGCCGGCAAGCUCGUCGCCGUAACGACCUCUUCUACCGUUCUCCUUCCCGCCAUCUCCCACCUCUACAAGUUGGCAAACUACCCCGUCGUCCUUCACGUCGCCCUUCAGCCCGCUGGCUUCCCCGACUUCUCCGCCAUCACAGCUAUCCGCAACUCGGGAUGGACUUUCUUGCAGUCAGAGUCUCUCCAGGAGGCUCAGGAUAUGGCACUGACGGCACAUGCCCUCGCCCUCCGCUCCGGCAAGGGUGUUGUGCACUUCUUCGCCUCGUCGAGCAGCGACGACGAUGCUGCCAUUGAGGCAGAGGACCCUGAGGUUGUGCGCCAGAUUCUCGACGUUGACGCUGCGAGGCGGUUCCAGCAGCCGUCCAACGGCUCUGCCGCGUCGGCUGUCGGUAUCUAUGCCGAUGACGGCCGACUGCCGGUGGCCUCUGACCGAUCCGACGUGCCGCCGACCGGCUCCUCCCCCAUUAGUGGUCUGAGCUCUUCCGAACUCGCAUCGUCCGUGCACUCCAAGCUCGAGUCAUCCAGGGCCUCGGUCCAGUCCAGCGCCGAGCACAGCGUCACCGACAGCCCACCCUCUGUCGUCUCCUCCAACGCCACCACGAUCGAGUCGUCCCUCCCCGUCGUCUCGUCUGAGGAUAUCCUCAAGUAUGCCAACGGCAUCUGGGCUCAGAUUAAGAGGAUCACCGGCCGUGAAUACCAGGCCUUCUUCUAUGCCGGACCCACGAAUGCAGAGAACUGCCUCUUUGUCUUUGGCUCUGGAGCCUACUACUUUGGUGAUGUGAUUGACCAGGCCCGCCGUGGAGGUGACUUCUCCAAGGUCGGCAUCCUCACCCCCAGACUGUACCGCCCCUGGCUCAGCUCCUCUCUCAUCGAGGCUUUGCCCAAGUCUGUGAAGCGCAUUGCCGUCCUUGAGCAGGUCCACCGCAAGACCACAAAGUGGGGCCCCGUCCUCAUCGAUGUUCUCACCAGUGUGAAGAGCGGCCCUGGUGGUGUGCAGACCGUUGUCGGCUACCAGCUUGGCUACAUUGACCCCAAAACUGUCAUCCAGGCUCUUCGUGGCGUCCUGCAGAACCUGACUUCCGAGUCCCCUGUUCAGAAUCUUGAGAUCGGCCGCAAGGAGGUUCCCCAAGAGGUUCUCGAAUACGGUCUUGAGAAGCCCCAGGUCGAGAACUCGUACACCAAGAUUCUUGACCAGCUCUUUGGCCAGAGAGCCUACAUUGCCAAUGCCCUCAAGGCUAGCAAUGCCGGCAUCAACUCCUCCAUCCAGGCCAGCCCUGAGUUCGGCUUCGGUUCCCUCUUGGCUCGCAAGGAGCGUCGCGUGCGCUUCGUCAACGAGGUCAAGGAGGCUGCCAACAGCAACCAGUUCGUGACAGAUUCUCCUAAGAGCUGGCUCGCCCGCUGGGCAGCUAACGAGGCCGACUCCAAGAAGGCCAACGAGAUUGCCGACGACUUGAUCCCCCGGCUUGAGACUGAUGGCUCUUCCAUUGCCCGCAACCUAUUGUCCAGCAAGCGACUGUUCCGCAAGGAGUCCCUGUGGCUUGUGGGAUCCGAUGCCUGGGCCUACGAUCUCGGCAACUCUGGUGUGCACCACGUCCUGGCCUCUGGCGAGAACGUCAACAUGCUCAUUAUCGACUCGACCCCCUACUCGGAGCGUGCCGCUGCCGAUGCCAACCGUCGCAAGAAGGACAUUGGCCUGUACGCCAUGAACUUUGGCAACGCUUACGUCGCCUCUACUGCCGUCUACGGCUCCUACACCCAGGUGCUUCAGGCCAUGCUCGAGGCCGACCAGCACAACGGUCCCUCCGUCGUCUUGGCCUACCUGCCCUACUUUGGCGAGACCGAUUCUCCUCUCACCGUUCUCCAGGAGACCAAGAAGGCGAUUGACGUCGGCUACUGGCCUCUGUACCGCUGGAACCCCGCCAACGAGGCCAAGGGCGAGCCCAACUUCACCCUCGACUCUGAGCGUAUCAAGAGCGAGCUCAAGGCCUUUUUGGACCGCGACAACCAGCUCACCCAGAUCAUGCAGCGCGACCCCGUCUUCGCUGCCAACCUGUCGCAGGACUUUGGCUCCGAGGUCCGGGCUCAGCAGAAGCGCAAGGCAAAGGAUGCCUACGACCAGCUUCUUGAGGGUCUCUUUGGCGCUCCCUUGACCGUGUUGUACGCCUCUGACAACGGUAACGCUACCAACGUUGCCAAGCGUCUCGGUAACCGCGGCAAGGCUCGUGGUCUUAAGACCAAGGUCUUCGUCAUGGAGGACUACCCCCUUGAGGACUUGCCUUCUGAGGAGAACAUCAUCUUCGUGACCUCGACCGCCGGACAGGGAGAGUUCCCCCAGAACGGUCACGCUCUCUGGACCGCCCUCAAGGACAACACCGAGCUCGACCUCGCCAACGUCAACUACUCCGUAUUCGGUCUCGGUGAUCGUCACUACUGGCCCCGCAAGGAGGACAAGAUCUACUACAACAAGCCUGCAAAGGACCUUGACCGUGUUCUGUCCAACCUCGGUGGCAAGAGACUUGCUGACGUCGGUCUUGGUGACGACCAGGACCCCGAUGGAUACCAGACUGGCUACCAGGAGUGGGAGCCCAAGAUCUGGCGCGCCUUGGGCGUCGACAACGUCGAUGGUCUUCCCGAGGAGCCUGCUCCCAUUACCAACGAGGACAUUAAGAUUGCCUCCAACUUCCUCCGUGGUACCAUUGUCGAGGGUCUCAACGACCCCUCGACUGCUGCCAUCUCUGCCGCUGACCAGCAACUAACCAAGUUCCACGGUACCUACAUGCAGGACGACCGUGACGUCAGAGAUGAGCGCAAGGCCAUGGGCUUGGAGCCCGCCUACUCCUUCAUGAUCCGUUGCCGUCUGCCUGGUGGUAUCUCUACCCCCUUGCAGUGGGUGCAGAUGGACGACAUCGCCAACGAGCUCGGUAACGAGACCAUGAAACUCACCACCCGUCAGACCUUCCAGUUCCACGGUGUCGUCAAGGGUAAGCUUAGACCCGCCAUGCAGGCCAUCAACAGAGCGCUCAUGACCACCAUCGCCGCUUGCGGUGAUGUCAACCGUAACGUCAUGUGCAGUUCUCUGCCUACCCAGUCCAAGUACCACAGGGAGGUCUGGGCCAGCUCCAAGAAGAUCAGCGACCACCUGCUGCCUUCGACCACCGCCUACCACGAGAUCUGGCUCGCCGAUGAGAACGACACGAAGACCCAGAUCGCCGGUGACGCGGUACAGGACUUUGAGCCUCUGUACGGACCCACCUACCUGCCCAGAAAGUUCAAGAUCACCAUUGCCAUUCCUCCCCACAACGACACCGACGUCUACGCUCAUGACAUUGGUCUCAUUGCCAUUAAGGGCAAGGAUGGUAACCUCGAGGGUUUCAACCUCAUUGCCGGUGGUGGUAUGGGUGCCACGCACAACAACAAGAAGACGUACCCCCAGAUCGGUCGCAUGUUCGGCUUCGUCAAGACGGACCAGGUCCACAUUGCUUGCGAGAAGAUCAUGCUCGUCCAGCGCGACCACGGCGACCGCAAGAACCGCAAGCACGCCCGUCUCAAGUACACCAUUGACGACAUGGGCGUCGACGUCUUCCGCGGCAAGGUCGAGGAGCUUUGGGGACAGAAGUUCGAGAAGGAGAAGCCCUUCGAGUUCAAGUCCAACGUUGACACGUUCGGCUGGCAAAAGGACGAGACAGGACUCAACCACUUCACCUUCUUCAUUGAGAACGGCCGCAUCGAGGAUACUCCCGAGUUCCAGAUGAAGACUGGUCUCCGUGAGAUUGCCAAGGUGCACAAGGGCGAAUUCCGCCUCACGGGUAACCAGCACUUAAUUCUCAGCAACGUCGCCGACGAGGACCUCGACUCCAUCAAGGACCUCAUGAAGAAGUACAAGCUCGACAACGUCCACUUCUCCGGCAUGCGCCUCAGCUCGUCGGCCUGUGUCGCCUUCCCUACUUGCGGUCUCGCCAUGGCCGAGUCGGAGCGCUACCUGCCUGUACUGAUCACCAAGCUCGAGGACUGCCUCGAGGAGAACGGUCUGCGUCAGGACUCUAUCGUCAUGCGCAUGACAGGUUGCCCCAACGGUUGCGCGCGUCCCUGGCUCGCCGAGGUUGCCUUUGUCGGAAAGGCGUACGGCGCGUACAACAUGUACCUCGGUGGUGGUUACCACGGCCAGAGACUGAACAAGCUGUACCGCCAGAGCAUCAAGGAGGACGAGAUCUUGGCCAUCAUGAAGCCGCUGCUCAAGAGAUACGCGACUGAGAGAGAGACUGGCGAGAGGUUUGGUGACUUCUGCAUUCGCGUUGGUGUUAUCAAGGGCACCAAGGAGGGUCGGGAUUUCCACGAAGGGGUUUCCGAAGAAGAGUCUGACGAGGAAUAA